AUGUCUUACGCAGCAGACGAUUUAGAUGAUGGGCUUGAUUAUGCCGUUGAAGAAGACCACGUUGUAGUAGAAGAAGCAGAAGAUGGUGAUGUGGUGGAAUCUGAUGAUAAUCAUCUUGAGAAUGAGGAAACGGACAAGAAGAGACCUCUAGAAGAGGAUAAGAAGGAUGAUGAUGGUGAGGGGAAAACUUUGAGUAAGAGACAAAAGAAGUUGGCCAAGUCAUCCUUGCACCAAAAGAAACUGGAACGUAUGGAGUAUGAAAGAUCGCAGAAGAAGAAUCUACCUAAGAGCUCUGUGGACCAAAUAGUGGAGUACUUGGCUACUUUGAUUCGUGAGAAGAACCCUGACUUGAGUGCUCUUGAGUUGGACGAGCUAUAUUUCAAGAAACAAGACUUUUUAUCGACUGAAAGAUACGAAAAGGAACGUAGUUUAAGCAAUUUCCAAGACUUCAUCAACACGUUCUCGAAGGCACCUAGAGCUAUAAUCCUUUCGCUAUCGAACCUCCGUGUGGCAGAUGUGUACAGGAGUGUCAACGGUCACCAGAAUGCGGUGAAGCUUUUCUCAAAGAACAAAUUCAAGGACGAUCUCACUCGUGUAGAGGAUUUGCUUGGCUCAUCGUCAAAGGAUGCCAAGGGUAAUAAUAAUAAUAAUAACAACAACAACAAAAAGAACAACAAGAACAACAAGAAGGGCAAGGGUGCAGCAGCAGCUGAUAAAGGUAAACCGCAAGAUAUCAAAUACUUCAUUUCGACCCCAACACGUUUGCUAAAGCUUAUCGAAAACACAGAGCUUUUCUUCCAAGGUAAGGAGAAGCUAGAUAUCUUCAUUGAUGCCAGCUAUCUUGAUCCCAAAAACAACACGAUAUUCACAGCAGACGACUUUGCCGUUCUUUGUAAGGUUCUAAAGGAAUUCAGGAAGAAAAAAUCGUCCGUGAAGAUUCUACUAUUUUAA